AUGGCGACUCCUACCGUCCUCGAGAUCCCCAAAACAACAUCAGGUCCUGCCGAUCCCCGCGCGCCCAGCAUCCUCACAACCCUACCGCCUGAGAUUCGCAACCGAAUCUAUGAGUAUAUUUUCAAGAGAGACAGACCCGUACUCCUUCACGACGGUCAUGCGCGUCUCUCGGAAUUGCGACAGGGCCUGUCAUGGAUAGCUCAGGAUCAGGCCGAUCCUCUUUUGGGCGGCAUUGUGGAGCGAAAUGUCCAGAGGGAGGAUUUUCAUCAUGACUUUGAUGGCUAUGUAGGGCUGUUACUGUCAUGUAGACAGGUCUAUCAUGAGGCAGUGGGCAUUCUCUAUGGGGGAAAUACCUUCCUGUUUUCACGAGCUCUCACCAACCACCUGAAAUCUGCCUGUGGAUGGCUUACAGACAUCGGGUCACACUAUCAGUUGUUGUCUCGUGUACAAAUUGACGCAGAUGCAUUCGGUCGCACGAGGUCUGAAGUUACCUCCCUACUAUCAUUGUUGAGGCUCAUUUGGAACCACUCCGACACCAAAUCGAAAUUUGUAUUCGCACUAUCAGGAUGGCCGUUACCCAAAAGAAAACGUCUCGGCUACGAAAGGAAGAGUCCUGUCCCUUUCCUCGAUCUCCUGAACAGGCUUCUGUUCACGUUGGGCACUGAGGACGCUCUCAACCUGAGGCAGUACGCUAGACAUCCUCGCCUGCUAUCUUCGAUUGUCAUCACGCAGCGCGUCAAUUCAAGUCCAGUUGGUAUGGUCGACUUUGUCGACCCGAAGGAGCCGCGGUUCCAUAACGUGGUCCGAAGAUCCUUCCACAUCUCAGACAACGGCGCCAAGGUCCAAUGGGUGGAGUCUCGACACUCAAACAUUCUACACCUUCCCAGCAGAUUGUUAUCACACAUAAAUUCCUAUGUACUUGCAUCGGACGCGCUUAUAGUACUUGACCUCGACAAAAAGAAAGCGCAGGGGUACCAUGUAGGACUCAGCGGAGUCAACAAGCAUUUACGGUACCGCAUCGACCGGGAGCGUGAGCAAUUGUACAACGGAAUGGUGAUCCAAGCAUCUACUCGGGAGGCUACUACCGACUUCAAAGGCUUCAGGGCUUUGCAAGACUGGUUCGAUGUUGACAGGUUUGCCGAGUUGAUACGACCGGAUGCAUGCUGGGAUGAGGAGCGCUCUAUCAGCAUAGUGCUGAAGUUUGAUUUAUCUACACCACGCUCGACUAAGGAUCUUCGAAUCGACAUCAGCAAGCUUUUGAGUAUGCUCCAUUUCCUACGUGCAGAACCAGGCAGCACCAUUCAAUUAGUUGAUGGCAGUGACACGAAGCCCAUCGUGUGGCACGAUCUGGCCUGCAGGCUGUUUCUCUUGAUUUCAGAUGUUAUGAAGCAGUGUCCUUCUGAAGCCGGCCGACCUCUUCCACAGAUCUGGAUCGAUGGUCACGGUACUAUCUUGCGAGCCACAUAUCCCGCCACGGCCAUCUCUGGUCAGAUCAUCAUACCCUAUUCGAAUACUAUCGACAGUCCUACCGAAGUCCGCAAGGAAGGCUAUGCCAAUAUCAAGGGUAUUUGGAACAACACGAGCAUUCAAUGCGACACAUAUGAUUUCCCAAAUACCGAUACCUUGAUCGGGCUUUGGUUUUACUUAGGAGGAUACUUUUGGAGCGACGGGUGGAGUUUUGAGGCUGCGGAAGAAGAGUCAUAG